AUGUCUGCACUAGAUGCAAAACUUGCCGCAGCUCUCUCAUCUCGAGAGCAACGCCAAAUUCGACGAAGACUUCCCGAUCCAACUUCCUCUUCCGACUCAUCCAGCUUGAUCGACUUCAGCACGAAUGACUAUCUCUCCUUUUCCUCAUCGCCCAUGCUACGUGAUCGCUUCCUAUCUGUGCUCUCCGAGGCUCCAGAUAUACUCGGUUCCGGAGGCUCUAGGCUCCUGGUGAAUGGCCAAGCCCACAAUCAGCUUGAAGCACGUCUAGCGCACUUCUUUGGCUCCCCGACGGCAUUACUCUUCAAUUCGGGAUUCGAUGCCAACGCGGGGUUCUUUGCUUGCAUUCCACAGCAGGGGGAUGUCGUGGUGUACGAUGAAUAUAUCCAUGCAUCGGUGCAUGACGGUGUGCGUGCGUCGCGUGCCAAAAACGCGCAAUUCUCCUUCAGUCAUAACUGUAUCAUUUCCCUGCGAAAGCUCCUGCUUAGACUCAUAGAUGAGCGGCCGAGUUUAGUAGAUGGUACAUGCAGCUUAUUCCUAGCCGUGGAAAGCCUGUACAGUAUGGACGGAACGUUCGCACCUCUGGCCGAGAUCGUAGAACUGUUUGACCAGUAUUUCCCGAGGGGAAACGCUCAUCUCGUCGUCGAUGAGGCUCACGCGACUGGAAUCUACGGUCCACAAGGCAGAGGCAGAGUUGCACAGCUGGGGUUGGAAGACAAAGUGCUGGCCCGUCUGCACACUUUCGGCAAGGCGUUAGCAGCUACAGGCGCUGUAUUGCUCACGAACAUUCUUAUCCGGGACUAUCUCCUAAACUAUGCACGCCCCUUGAUCUAUACCACGUCGUUGAGCAACGCCAAUAUAAUCGCGGCUAGCUGUUCGUUCGAUAUGUUGGAAAAUGGUCUCGCACAUAAGCUUGCUAACGAUCUCUUCGGCCUCGUUGCUCACUUCCAUGAAAUACUUCGCCCUCGCCUAGCUUCUAUCCCCCAGGACUUACUCGCCCUCCCGUUCCAUCUUCAGCAUCCCCUUCAGGGUAAUUCGUCUGGAUUACUUUCGCCCAUCAUUCCCAUUAUGACCUCCCAACCCCGCCCUCUCUCUGCUUACCUACUAAACCUGGGCAUGAAUGCCCGUCCAAUUACGUGGCCAACCGUCCCUAAAGGCAAGGACCGUGUUCGGGUCUGCCUGCAUGCAGGCAACACACGGCAGGAUGUUGAGAUGCUAGCCGAAGGCAUGCUAAAUUGGGCAGAAAGCGUUCUACUAGAAGCCAAACAAAAAAGGAAGGCGAAACUUCGCCAUCAAGUUAACGGUGCAUUUACCGUUCUCCUAGAAUCUAAACUCUGA